AUGACCCGCCCAGAGUCCAAGCCCUUGUUUUGGACCGAGCUGGAGGUGUCCGAGUCGGAGAUCGAAGCCAAGCUGCGCGCGGCCUUUGAGGAGGAGGAGCCCUUCAAGCAGCUGGGCUCCGUGAAGUCGGUGGCCUCCUGGCUGAAGCCCUUCCUGGCGGAGGAGGUCUUCGGAGGCGAAGGGCGCCAAGUCCUCAUCCCUUGGCCCGAGGAGGACGAUGACCAGCUGGGCCACGGCGGGUGGGUGGCCUACUCCCGGCGCCAGGUGUGCCACAUCACCGCCAUGAGCUUCUUCGGCGCCACCACGCCGGGCUUCGACGCGGGGCUGUUCCGGCUCAUGAAGAUGUGCCCCUCCGAGGGGGACUUCCGCAAGGCCUUCUCCACGCUGCUGGCGGCCUGCGCAGCGGACCCCUCCUUGGCGGAGGGGCAGCAGGGCCCCCUGCUGGUGGUGUCCAAGGCCAAGCGCGCCCCCUCGGUGGAGGAGGUGUGGCAGAAGGCGCAGGCGGAGAACGUGGGCCUCGGCAGCGCCGGCUUGCGCGUCUGCGACUACGACACCGGCGCGUCGGACGCCUUCGAGGGCGUGGAUGCGGUGCCCAGGAAAGGGUGUGAGCAACGGCUGGAGAAAGCGGCGGGGGUGGACUUCAUGACCGGAGGCCUGCCCGGCCAGGCCACGCAGGACAUCUCCGCCUCCUGGUUCGGCGGGUACCUCUUCUAUGCCAAGGCCUGCGGCCUGGGCGGGGGUCAGGACGAGCGCUUGUCCGUGUACUUCCCGGAGGUCACGGUGCUGACCUACUUCCUGUCGCAGCACUGGGAGUUCCCCCAACUGCGGCAGCCCGCGUGGAUCCUGGGCGCGAGGAACUUCUUCAAAGGCCUGGACGGCACGGCGCGCUUCGACGGGCCCAUGGCGUUGGAUCCGGAGCUGCCGCUGGCGGGGGACCUGGUGGACGUGGAGCUGGCGGGGAAGAUCUACAAGAUCAGCUCCUCCAGGCCCUUCGUCUUCUUCAUGAGCGAGAGCCAGGCGUUUUUCGAGGAGACCCAGGUGAACCUGCACCUGGCCAGGAGGAAUCGAUUGCCGGCCCAGCGAGACAUGGAAGGGAAGUGGGCCUUUGAGAAGCAGGUGCGCGCCUGGUAUCGCUCUAUGGCGUUGACCUCUUAUGACCAGGCGGUCCAGCCGGCGCUGAAGCAAUUGGUGUCCUCCCUUGGGGCAGGGCCCUGGCUGGCAGGUCUCUGGUGGGGAGACUCCCAGCUUGGCUUUCUGGCCGUGUGGCUGGGCCAGGCGCUCGCUGCGUCCACCUGGGGCCAGGAGUUGCCUUUGGACUACUACGUCUACGCCGACUUCACCGAGAACCCGGGAAACCAAUGCUACGUGUUGCCGGAAGGCGCUUGCAAGACCUGCCUGGAGCGGUGUCCUCCCUUCCCGGACAGCGCGUAUUGGAUGCCGGACAACGCCUACUUCGAGGGCAAGCCCUGCGUGCCAGACUCCUCGGUGUGCGGCGCUAAGGGCAUCUCCGACAUCGUGGCAGCUUAUGGCUCCAAGAGCGUUGCGGAGGUGUGGAAGGAGAUUCAGACGAAGGUGGCUGAGGGCCCCAUGUCGGCCAAUGUCUUCGACAUCCUACUGGCCUCAGCUUGAGAUUGCAGGUUUACAGGGUUGCUCCGUUGAAGUUUUCCAAGAACUGGAGAUACUGUGGGAUGGGUGCGAAGUCCAGAAAUCGCAGCACCGAA